CACAUUUUUUUUAAUAAAUACUACACCUUAAUGCCUCUGUACUCCACUUACAAAUAUUUAGAGAAAAAAAAAUGAAACACCUUGUACUUUUUAUAUUAGUUACUACAUACUUUAGGCUAAAUGAAGCUUGCAAAAAAAAUCAUGUUGUACUUCAUAACGAACUCGGUCCUGGUAAACUUCUCAAGUUCCAUUGUAUUUCCUUCAAAGAUAACUUAGGAAAUCAAACACUUAGCCUUCAAUGCCUCUCCAUAUAUCAUUGCAUUAUCCCGCGGAAGUCCUGCUCUCUUCCAGACAGAAUUAUCCCUAUAUGUGGCCAGAUACGUGUAUGGAUGGCCAAACUUGAUGGGAUAUACUUUUCAAGAAACUUAGAUACACCACCCGUUUUGGCACUACUCUUGAGCCUGGAAUAA